CCGCCCCGGCCGCCCCCCCCGGCUGUUCAAACAGGAAGGCGGACAUGUUGGUGCCUCUCGCAGGUUUGCUCACACCCGCCGCGGCCGGACCUUACGUUCUCCCCUCCCCUUAAGCCACCUCCUACCCUCCUCCCUCUCACGCUGCAACCUCGGGUCGGUCCUGAAGUGGUCCGGGCUGCCGUCCCGUACGCGAGGCGGAGGAGCGGGAGGGAGCGGAGCCGGCGCUGGCAGCGGCGGGAGGCAGCGAGGAGCCGCAGGCGGCCGCGCAGCGAGGAGGAGGAGAGGAGAGGAAGAAAGAUGCUGUUGCCGUCGCUCCGCCGCUGAAGUGACGCGUCCCCUGCCCGCGGGGGCACUCGCAGCGGGGGCCGGGGCGGCCUCUGCGUGCAGCUGGCGGCGCAGCGCUGCCCGCCCGGCCGGCGCAGCCCGGCGGAGGGGCAGCCUCUCCCCCCGGCCCGCCCUGGGCUCCCUCGCCCUGUGCCCGCCGAAGGACCGACCCCGCGGCGCUGAGACGCGGUGCUGAGAGGAUUUUUCUACUUUUUUUCUCCCUUUUUUUGCCUUGGUGGUGUGUCUGCAGGCUUUUGUUUUGGUUUUGGUUGGUUGUUUUUUUUUUUUCUCCCUCCCCCGUUGUUGCUUUUUCUACCGGUUUUCCGGAAAUAAAGCUGCGCUGCGGACCCUGGCACCGACCCGCCGCCGCUCCUGCAGGGCGAGGAGGAGGAACCGCUACGCUGGCUCCCAGGGCGGCUUCCCCGGCUGGGAGAAUGAGGUUGCUGAGACGCUGGGGCCCGAGCAGAGGAGGGAGGGAGAGGAAACCUGCUGCGGCAGAGCUGUGAGCAGCCCCGGACGGUGCGUGCCUGCGUGGAGGAGGGGGGAGAAGCAGCCCCGUCCCCCCUGCCGCGGACCCUCCUCCGGUGUGCUCGCCCCUCGGCGGGGCAGCCCGGGGACUUGCCUCGGAGACUUCUGUGAUUGAAGGGAUUUUGCGGGCAGCGCUCCUCAGCCUGUGACAGGCAGUGUGGUUUCUCUUUUGUGCUCGCUCGUUCCUGUUUUUUUACUUUUUGGUUGUUUUUAACCUUAACUUUGCUCUGGAAUAAGGGAAACGUUUUAUCUCCGGAAACAUGUCGACGGGAGAAAGUUUUGAGUCCCGGUUUGAAAAAAUCGACGUGACUUUAAAGGACCCCAAAUCCGAAGUGAACGUGGACUGUUUGCUGGAUGGAUUAGAUGCUUUGGUAUAUGACUUGGAUUUUCCUGCCUUAAGAAAAAACAAAAACAUUGAUAACUUCUUAAACAGGUAUAAAGACACGGUAAAUAAAAUGAGAGAUCUGCGUAUGAAAGCUGAAGAUUAUGAAGUAGUGAAGGUGAUCGGUAGAGGGGCAUUUGGGGAGGUUCAGUUGGUAAGGCAUAAAUCCUCAAGGAGAGUGUAUGCUAUGAAGCUUCUCAGCAAAUUUGAGAUGAUAAAAAGAUCAGAUUCUGCAUUCUUCUGGGAAGAAAGGGACAUUAUGGCUUUUGCUAAUAGUCCCUGGGUUGUUCAGUUAUUUUACGCAUUCCAAGAUGACCGUUACCUUUACAUGGUGAUGGAAUACAUGCCUGGUGGGGACCUUGUAAAUCUAAUGAGCAACUACGAUGUUCCAGAGAAAUGGGCAAGAUUUUAUACUGCUGAAGUUGUACUUGCAUUAGAUGCAAUUCACUCAAUGGGUUUUAUACACAGAGAUGUGAAGCCUGAUAAUAUGCUGCUAGAUAAAGCUGGUCAUUUAAAACUAGCAGAUUUUGGUACUUGUAUGAAGAUGAACAAGGAAGGUAUGGUACGAUGCGAUACAGCUGUGGGAACGCCAGACUAUAUCUCUCCUGAAGUAUUGAAGUCCCAGGGUGGCGAUGGUUACUAUGGGCGAGAAUGUGACUGGUGGUCAGUUGGAGUCUUUUUGUAUGAGAUGCUUGUAGGUGAUACACCUUUUUAUGCAGAUUCUUUGGUUGGAACAUACAGUAAGAUUAUGAACCAUAAGAACUCCCUUACUUUCCCUGAUGACAAUGAGAUUUCUAAAGAAGCAAAAAAUCUUAUUUGUGCCUUUUUAACGGAUAGGGAAGUGAGGCUAGGAAGAAAUGGCGUAGAAGAAAUUAAACGGCACCUUUUCUUCAAAAAUGAUCAGUGGGCUUGGGAAACUCUCAGAGACACUGUAGCACCAGUUGUGCCUGACUUAAGUAGUGACAUUGACACGAGUAAUUUUGAUGACCUUGAAGAAGACAAAGGAGAGGAAGAAACUUUUCCUAUACCAAAAGCUUUUGUGGGCAACCAGCUUCCCUUUGUAGGAUUUACAUACUACAGCAACCGUCGGUAUUUAUCUGUCUCUGCAGAAAAUUCCAAUGAUAACAGAACAAGCUCCAGUGUGGACAAAAGUGUGCUGGAAAAUAUGCAGAAGAUGAUCUAUGAGUUGGAAGAACAACUACAUAAUGAAAUGCAGUUGAAAGAUGAAAUGGAGCAAAAGUGCAGAUCUUCAAACAUAAAGCUAGACAAAAUAAUGAAAGAACUGGAUGAAGAGGGAAAUCAGAGAAAGAACUUGGAAUCAACAGUGUCUCAGAUUGAGAAGGAAAAGAUGGUAUUGCAACAUAAGAUAAAUGACUACCAAAGAAAAAUUGAACAAGAGAACGAAAAAAGGCGGAACAUGGAAAAUGAAGUGUCCACGCUAAAAGAUCAAAUGGAUGACUUGAAAAAAAUCAGCCAGCAUUCACAAAUUACAAAUGAGAAGAUAAUACAGUUACAAAAACAACUAGAAGAAGCAAAUGAUUUGCUGAGGACAGAAUCGGAUACAGCAGCAAGACUGAGAAAGGGUAACACAGAAAUGAGCAAGUCAUUAAGUCAGGUAGAAUCACUGAAUAGAGAACUACAGGAAAGGUGCAGAGUUCUAGAAAGCACAAAACUGCAGGUGGAGAAAGAUUAUUACCAACUGCAAGCAGCUUUGGAAUCAGAACGAAGGGACAGAAGUCAUGGAUCUGAAAUGAUUGGAGAACUACAGGUUCGGAUUACAACUUUACAAGAAGAAGUAAAAAACAUUAAAAACAAUCUUGAAAGAGUGGAAGCAGAAAGGAAACAAGCACAGGAUAUGCUUAAUCAUUCAGAAAAGGAAAAGAAUAAUUUAGAGAUAGAUUUGAACUACAAACUCAAGUCAUUACAAGACCGGUUAGAACAGGAACUAAAUGAACACAAAGUGACUAAAGCUCGAUUAACUGACAAACAUCAGUCAAUAGAGGAGGCAAGAUCAGUUGCAAUGUGUGAGAUGGAAAAAAAAGUAAGGGAAGAAAGGGCAGCAAGAGAAAGGGCAGAAAAUCGGAUAGUUCAAGCUGAAAAACAGUGUUCCAUGCUGGACUUUGACCUGAAGCAAUCUCAGCAGAAACUGGAACACCUUCUUGAGCAAAAGGAGAGACUGGAAGAUGAAGUAAGGAAUCUAACGCUUCAGCUAGAACAAGAGACGAAUAAGCGAAUAAUGGCACAGAAUGAAUUAAAGGCACAAGCUUUUGAAGCAGAUAACUUGAAGGGUUCUGAGAAGCAGCUGAAACAGGAAAUCAAUACGUUGUUGGAAGCAAAGAGGUUACUGGAAUUUGAGUUGGCUCAACUUGCUAAACAGUACAGAGGAAAUGAAGGUCAAAUGCGUGAGCUUCAGGAUCAACUUGAAGCUGAGCAGUAUUUUUCGACACUUUACAAAACUCAGGUUAAGGAACUGAAAGAGGAAAUGAAUGAAAAGAAUAAAGACACUCAAAGAAAAAUGCAGGAAUUGCAAAAUGAAAAAGAAACACUCACUACCCAGCUGGAUUUAGCUGAAACCAAAGCUGAGUCAGAACGGUUGGCACGAGCACUCCUUGAAGAACAGUAUUUUGAACUGAGUCAGGAAAGCAAAAAAGCAGCAUCAAGACACAGGCAAGAAAUGACUGAUAAAGACAGCAUCAUAAGAAGGCUGGAAGAAACUAAUAACACAUUAACCAAAGAUGUUGAUUUAAUAACAAAGGAAAAUUCAGAGAUCAGUGAAAAAAUUAAGAAACAGGAGGAAGAAUAUGAAAUUAAAAAAGAGGAGGAAAUCAAUAAUAUUAGAAUGCAUUAUGAGAAGAGCAUUAACACUGAAAGAACUCUGAAGACACAGGCUGUCAACAAACUGGCUGAGAUAAUGAAUCGGAAAGAUUUUAAAAUAGACAGAAAGAAAGCUAACAUGCAAGAUUUGAGGAAGAAGGAGAAGGAAAACCGAAAGCUCCAAUUAGAACUUAAUCAAGAAAAAGAGAAAUUCAAUCAGAUGGUAGUGAAAUACCAAAAGGAGCUCAACGAAAUGCAAGCGCAACUAGCAGAAGAAUCUACAUACAGGAAUGAGCUCCAGAUGCAGCUGGAUAGUAAAGAGAGUGACAUAGAACAACUACGAAGGAAAAUUUUGGACCUCCAGCAAGGAAUGGAUUCUACCAGCGUUGCUAGUCUCCAGCCAGAUGAAACGGAUGGAAAUCUGUCAGAAUCAAGACUUGAAGGUUGGCUUUCAAUACCAAACAAAGGAAAUAUAAAGCGGCAUGGCUGGAAGAAACAGUAUGUGGUGGUGAGCAGUAAAAAGAUACUGUUCUACAAUGAUGAAAAGGACAAGGACCAGUCUAAUCCAUCCAUGGUACUAGAUAUAGAUAAACUGUUCCAUGUCCGGCCUGUAACGCAAGGAGAUGUAUAUAGAGCUGAAACAGAAGAAAUUCCUAAAAUAUUCCAGAUUCUCUAUGCUAAUGAGGGGGAAUGCAGGAAGGAUUUGGAGGUAGAACCAGUACAGCCGACAGAGAAGACAAAUUUUCUAAAUCACAAAGGCCAUGAAUUUAUUCCAACGUUAUACCACUUCCCAGCCAACUGUGAGGCCUGUGCCAAACCUCUUUGGCAUGUCUUUAAACCCCCUGCUGCCUUGGAAUGUCGAAGAUGCCAUGUUAAGUGCCAUAGAGACCACUUGGAUAAAAAGGAGGAAUUAAUUGCACCAUGCAAAGUGAGUUAUGAUGUAACUUCAGCAAGAGAUAUGCUGUUACUGGCAUCUUGUCAAGAUGAACAGAAGAAGUGGGUAACUCAUUUAGUAAAGAAGAUCCCGAAGACACCACCAUCUACUUUUGUUCGUGCUUCUCCUAGAACUAUGUCUACAAGAUCCUCAGCAAAUCAGUCAUUCCGAAAAGUUGUUAAAAAUACUUCUGGAAAAACUAGCUAACCACAUGUACAGUGCUUAAUGGAAUCUCAUGGGAUGCAGUCUGAGAAACAGGGCUUUUUUUAACCACACAGAGCAGUGCAGACGGGCUGUUGUUCCUUUCAACAUAACUAUCACAGGCUUCAGGGUUAAAAUUGCUAUUACUGUCUCCUCCUUGCUUUGGCACAAAAGCACGCUGAGGGUGUUUAAUUGCGGGUUUGCCUAAAGGUAGAUUAGAUUAAUUAUUACUAUGUAAUGCAAGUUAAAGCAAAUAAAGCUUAGCUAGGUGUAUAAAAAAAAAAAGGUGCUGCCUUUUUGGAUUUUUUUUAAAAAAAGCCUGUCAAUCACAAUGAAAUGCAGCCAACUUUCUUCAUAUCGGUGAAAGAAAAGGACUGUUGACCCUGUGAAGGGGAUAUUUAUGUCAAGAUGAGCAUAUGAAAUGGAGUAGAGGAGGAAGGUUUCUCAGCGAGAAGGACUGUAAUUGCUUUCAAAACUCCAAGUUGUGCUCUUGAAGACUGCAGAACUAGCUUAAAAAUGAAGCCUUAUCACUUGAACUUCAGUGCCUUCACUGCAGAGUUCUUAACAGCCUUUAUGCUAACCACCCACUAUGGAAUGGAUCAAAGUGUUAAAUAUUUUGCAUUAUGCUUUACAAAAUACUGAUUCAGCAGGUUUGUAAAGGGGGGAAAACAAGUUAAUUGCCUUUAAUCUAUGCAUUUUUGCCAAGCCAUACUGAAUUAAUUUACUAUUAGAGGCAUUAGAAACUAACAGUAAAGAGAACCACCGAGUUUGGAAGCAUAUUUUGGGGUACAUCAUUUCUAUAACUGUAUAAUGUAUUGCCUUACAAUUUUAAGUGAUACCGUACAUUAAGUUAACAAACAUUUAAGAAAUAUAUGCACUGUUUGAACUGUAAAUUAUUCUUAGAACACUUUUACUGGGUUUUACGUUGUCCUUUUAGUGCCUUAAUUUGAGAAAUUGUAUUAUUGCCAUGUCGAUAAAUGUAGAAAUCUAAAACUAAACAAAGGAAAACUCUAAAAAACUAUUGCAUACCAGUGGUUUUCACUGUAUUUUAAUUGGUUUAAGUAUUAUAGAUGCUAGAUGCAUUUUCUAAAUUAAGUACAAUCUUUGAAUGAGAAUUCCUCUUACAAAGAAAGACUGAUUCUAGUUCAUAAGCCAAGAGAUGUGUAGGCAAUGCAAAAAAAGAGAAAAAAAAGCAAGCAUAUAACGCAAAAGCUCUGGGUAAUUCAGGAAUUUCAGUAAAUGCUGUCAGACUCUUGCUUUGUAGCAGGAAUACAUUCAUAGUAUGGGCAGUAUGGUUUUAUUUUAUUUUAUUUCUUAACCAAAUACCUCCUCAGUAAUUUAUAAUGGCUUUGCAGUUGUGUAUUAAAUAAGAAGCACUGGAAAACUGAUUCGUCCAUAGGACGAUUUGCAUGUUUCAAGUGGUAUUGAAAGCCGCACUGAUGGAUAUGUAAUAAUAAACAUAUCUGUUAUUAAUAUGGUAAUGACUCUGUGCUCAUUUAAUGAGAAAUAAAGUAAUUUAUGGAAAGACCCUUUUGAAAAUGA